AUGAACAUACACCCUCGAGUACAGAUCGAGCGCUCAAGGGUACUACCAUACGACAAGAAUUUGGUUGGGAAAGUUGAAAUCUACCAGCUCACCCGAGGCGAGGAUGUCCUCUUUUCCUCUGUCGUCUCGGAAUUCACGACCUCCGACCCAACGCAGUCAUCUUCCCGGUGCACGGGAAACAAGGUCGCCCUGGGGACCGGAUUGAUGACCUGCUCGAGGAUGCCAAUCUCUAGUAUCUGA